CAUGCCAUGAGAGACCCCAGGAGAGAUAAAACACGACUCAGUAGAUACAAGCUUUAUUUGAUGCCAGUAUACAGAAACGAGGGCUGUUUUAUGGGAAAGGACUCCCCACUGUAAGCAAUAUCCCCACGCCUCCCACACUGCUUCCUCUUUACUGAUUGUCUUGUUUCCACACACUCAUCUGAGCGCUCUUCAGGCACGGGACAGCAUGACUAGCGGAUACAAGGACGGGACACCUGAAGAGGACUACGCUCACUCACCGUUCAUCAGGAAGCAGGGGAACAUUUAUAUACCAAAAAAUAAAGAAAUGGAUAACGACAGCAUCAACGAAAAGACCCUUCGGGAUGUCCACACCAAGGAGAUUGACCUGGUCAAUCGGGACCCAAAGCAUUUAAAUGACGAUGUGGUCAAGGUGGACUUUGAGGACGUGAUCGCUGAGCCUGCUGGUACCUACAGCUUCGACGGCGUGUGGAAAGCGAGCUUCACCACCUUCACAGUAACCAAGUAUUGGUGCUACAGGCUGCUGACGGCCCUGGUGGGCAUCCCGCUCGCCCUGGUAUGGGGCAUCUUCUUCGCCAUCCUUUCCUUCAUCCACAUCUGGGCGGUGGUGCCUUGUGUGAAGAGCUACCUAAUCGAGAUCCACUGUGUCAGUCGAGUCUACUCCAUCUGUGUGCACACCUUCUGCGACCCGCUCUUCGAAGCCAUGGGAAAGUGCUUCAGCAGCGUCCGGGUCACUACCACCAAGGUGGUGUAGGGACAGGGAGAAGGAAAAGAGCCAGAGGGACGGGGUGGGAUGGGGCAGGUCAAUGGAAACCAAUGUCCGAUGCAAGAAGAUAAAACAAAUGUAAUCUCUCUAAAAAAAGAAGGCAAAAAAGUGAACAGCGAUGGAGAGUUGCACUGUAUUUAGGUGUCCCUUGAUAAGACUCUUCUCUCUGUCUCUGUUCUAUCCAUGAGAUCAGUCUCUUCUCAUCUUUGGAUUCCUUGGGGUGUAGGGGACAUGUUUUAAAAUUCAAUUUUGUCAUUUGUUAGCAUCCAUCAACGUAGGAAUACCGUUUCAGCCUUUUAAAGAAGCAGUUAAUGCAAAAAUGAAAAUUCUGUUAUUUACUUACCCUCAUGUCGUUCCAUGUUCGUCACUCCAAACCACCAUAAAAGUGAUCCAUCUGACCUGUGAGUUUUUUGCCCAAAGUCUACCAUGGUCAUGUGACAUGAAAUAUAGAGGGGUGAGUCAUAUAGACCACUUAUAUGGUACUUUAAUGGUGCUUUUUUUUAUUUUUUUUAGGAGCUUGACAGUGAUCACUAUAAUUAAAUUAUUAUUGCGGUCACAUUAAUUAAUUGCAAUUAUUUUGCAAAACGCAACAAGAAUGCACUAUUUAUUGUCAAUAGUGUUGCGAUGUAUGAAGCUUAGCUCACUUUCAACCCAAGCAGCUUUCUGCUGAUGUGGAUCUGCACGACCAACUUGAAUUUGUCGUGAAAUCUCUGUUGGUGGAGAGAGCUUUUGCAAAAUUCCCAAUCGAUCGCAUAUAUUCCUAUUAAAAUAACUGGAUUUCAGACGUGAAGUUUUUCCAAAUAGUAAAUGUGACUGCAUUGAUUCCAAACUUUGAUAAAGAUAUGAGGUUGAGUAAACAAUGACUGAGUUAUCAUUUUGGCGUGAACUAUGCCUUUAAGAUUUGCCAGCUGGAAAAAGGCUGAGUUUUUUUUUUUUUUAGGUUUUGUUUGUAUUUUGUCUUCUUUCAUUCACUGAUAGUCAUCCCAAAAUAGUUCCAUGGUGGUGUGUAAACAUUAUAUAGUAGAUUCUAAUAGUUUUGCUAUGUUCAUCCUUUCAUUUGGGUACUAUCGCCCUUUGGAGUUAUGGGGUUUAUGGAAUCCAAAAGUUUUUUGUUUAUUUUUUUGGAAAAUAAAAAAAGUAGGCUUGGCCCUACUGAUGUCAAGACUGCCCGUCACACUGCAUGUUGCCAUUAAACACGGUGGAUGGCCCAAACACGGGGCAAAAGAGGUGCCCUCGCUGUACCCCUGCCUUUGCCAGCUCAGCAUAUACUAACAAAGAGACUGUUCCUGGCUCUUUCCUGACACAUAUCGCUUCAAACCUGCCAUCAUGGCAGCAGCUUUUUGAGUGGCAGAGAAUGUCUUUACAACUUCCAGAUGAAGCUAGCAGCUAUAGGACACCAACCUAGCGAGAUCUUCCAGCAGGUUGUGAUGACUGAACUUUAUUAAGAGCCUUAACAUACACUCAUACUUUAUUUGCAGUCUUUGAAGAUGAAGAACUUGUUUUUUUUCAUUUUUUUUUAAUGUUGUAUCUGUAGAAAGAAGUGACAUCAUUUGGUUUGAAGUUUUGUCCCGUGAACAAACCUGUCUGCUUUUCUGUUUAUUCACUGUCAUACACAAACACACACAGACACACACACACUGGCAAAUACUGGCAGCAAACUAACAUUUCCAGCAUCGGAGGCUGCUGCUUAAGUGGGGAAUAUAGUAUUUUGUACUGACAUAAACUCACUUCUGUCAUCUUUUGUCUACCUGCUUCGAUUCGGUCACCUCUUUGUCUAUCUGCUGUCUUAGUAUCUAUUGUAAUGCAUUUUCUUCACUCAGUCUGCCUCUGUAGAUUAGAUAUUUUUAUAUGAAAGCUGAAAUACUUUUUCCUUGCUUUUACUGUAAAAUCACACAAUGCUGUGCUCAUUAAAGAAAAUGUAAUAUAAAUCAAGUUGAUUUCAUUUGGCUGGUUUGUUCUACGUUUUAUUUGUGACACACUGCUGCAAAUCCAGAAAUAGCCCUUGCUUCCUCCUAAUAAAAAAGUAUUUGAUU